CGCGCCUUUAGAGGGCGACGGAAAACCCUCACUGGGAGAUGUUUGCAGUAGAAGAAGAGAUCCUGACAGCGACGGCGAGCGCUAAAGUCUUCUGAACCCCAUCACCAUGGCAACAGUCCAAGUGCCUGCUCCCGUCCCGGGGGAGACGUCGUGGAUCUCGGCGUGUCCCGGUGGUCUGUGGGAGGUGCGCCGAAGGUGGCUCGGAGAAAGAAAGCGAGGGGACGUCACGCCGAUGAUGGGCUCUCUGUGUAAGGUCAGGGUGCGGCGGAGUACCGCCACGGAGGGGAGCACACCGCACGCUGCUUGUCGAGAGCACGAUUCAACAGACAGCGUUGAUUCUAGCGAGCAAGCUACCUCGUACCCCCGCUCGCAGGACUCUGUGCUGCAGCUUCCCCUGGACGAGUGGUUCCUGUUGCGCAUGGGUGAAGGGCAGUGCGAUGUUACAGAGGGCUGCCUGGAAGGGAUGAGGGCCGGAGAGAUGUGCGAGUUUACAAUAAGUGCCUGGAAAGCAAAGAGCUCUAAAGCGGCAGGCGGCGAUGCUCAUGGUAGCCAGACUGAAAAUACAACGGGGGAGGAAUCGUCUCAGCAGUCUGACCGCUUUACAGUCCAGCUUCACUCUUUAACCCCUGGGCAGGAGUCUUGGCAGAUGACACCUGGAGAGAAAUGGGCAUGGGUGCUGUCUCACAAGCAAAGGGGAGGUCAGCGGUUUGGGAACGGAGAUAUCUGGGGUGCGACAGACUGCUACUGCAGAGCGGUGAAGCUGGCGAUAACUUUAAAUGGCAAGACAAGGAGAAAGCCAGCGGACGAGGCAUUCAAAGAAGGUUUGGACGGAGAGGAGGACGAUGAUGCGGCUUUGACACCAUGUUAUGAUAAAGAAAAUGAGCAAGCGGAAAGCGCUGAUGUCUCCAUUCCAAUUGAGGAGGAGUACAAAACUGUAAAAGCUGAACUUCACUGCAAUCUUUCUUUAUGCCAGCUUAAGUUAGGCCAGCUCGGUAAGUCCAGAGACAGCAGUAUCAAGGCCACGGAGCUGAAUCCAAAGAGCACUAAGGCCUGGUAUCGGCUUGGGCAAGCUUGCCUACAGCUGGGUGAACUGGAGGAAUCUCGCACGGCCUUCGGGAAGAUUCUGGAACUCCAACCUGACUCCGCUUCAGCUCGCGCUGCUCUGAAACAAGUGAACAACAGAUUAAAGGACUUAGACAGUAAACUCGGUCAAAGGCUGAGCAAGAUGUUUAACUAGAAAAUUGGGAAUGACAAAAGCAGAACAUGUGCAUAUGUAUAAAAGUGAUAACAACGGUAAAGUGCCCAGAAGUUGUUUUCGUUUUUUUGUUGUAGCGUCACUUCAGUGUUUAAAACUUGAAGUACGUUUACUGUAUGGGUAGUAUAUAUAUAUAUAUAUAUAUAUAUAUAUAUAUAUAUAUAUACUAUCUUAAAUGUUCAAUGUUGUAAUUUGUCAAUGUUUAAACCUACAUAAACUUGAAAGUUGUGCAUAAGUCACGAGACUGCUUAGGACAUUUGCUGAAUGUACUAAAGUUUUGUUUAUUUUUGUAAAAUAAGAAUAUACUGCUCUGACGUUUUGUUCUAAAAGUGUUUUCAUUCUGGAUUUUUAACUGUUGUAGAAAAUGAUCAAAGCCAAGUAUAGCGCAUUCUUGCAUCAAGUGACAAUAAACAACGUUAUUUA